GCGGCGUCAUUGCGUCACGGCGUUGUCCCCGGCGGAAGAUGGCGGCCGAGAAGCCGAAGGCGGAGGGUGGGCGCGUGAAGAUCGGCCACUACCGGCUGGGCGACACGCUGGGGGUCGGCACCUUCGGCAAGGUCAAGGUCGGCAUGCACGAGCUAACCCAGCACAAGGUGGCGGUGAAAAUCCUCAACCGUCAGAAGAUCCGCAGCCUGGACGUGGUUGGCAAAAUCCGCCGCGAGAUCCAGAACCUCAAACUCUUCAGACACCCGCACAUCAUCAAACUGUACCAAGUGAUCAGUACUCCGACGGACAUAUUCAUGGUGAUGGAAUACGUGUCUGGGGGAGAGCUGUUUGAUUACAUCUGCAAGAAUGGCAAGCUGGAUGAGAAGGAGAGCCGGCGGCUCUUCCAGCAGAUCAUCUCGGCCGUGGACUACUGCCACCGGCACAUGGUGGUCCACCGCGACCUGAAGCCAGAGAACGUGCUGCUGGACGCCCAGAUGAACGCCAAGAUCGCCGACUUCGGUCUCUCCAACAUGAUGUCGGACGGGGAGUUCCUGAGAACCAGCUGUGGCUCCCCCAACUACGCUGCACCUGAGGUCAUCUCUGGCAGGCUGUACGCGGGGCCAGAGGUGGACAUCUGGAGCUGCGGGGUGAUCCUGUACGCCCUGUUGUGCGGCACCCUCCCCUUCGACGACGACCACGUGCCCAUGCUCUUCAAGAAGAUCUGCGACGGCAUCUUCUACACGCCGCAGUACCUCAACCCGUCCGUCACCAGCCUCCUCAAGCACAUGCUGCAGGUCGACCCCAUGAAGAGGACCACCAUCAAGGACAUCCGGGAGCACGAGUGGUUCAAACAGGAGCUGCCCAAGUACCUGUUCCCGGAGGACCCAGCCUACAGCAGCAGCAUGAUUGAUGACGAGGCCCUGCGGGAGGUGUGUGAGAAGUUUGAGUGUGCCGAGGAGGAGGUGCUGAGCUGCCUGUACAGCCGCGAGCACCACGACCCGCUGGCCGUGGCCUACCACCUCAUCAUCGACAACCGCCGCAUCAUGCAGGAGGCCAAGGACUUCUACCUAGCCUCCAGCCCGCCCGACAGCGCCUCCUUCCUGGACGAGCAGCUGAUGGUCCGGGCCCACCCCGAGCGCAUGCCCUUCCUGGUGGCCGACACCGCCGCCCGGCCCCGGCACACCCUCGACGAGCUCAACCCACAGAAGGCCAAGCACCUCGGCGUGCGGCGCGCCAAGUGGCAUCUGGGCAUUCGCUCACAGAGCCGGCCCAACGACAUCAUGGCAGAGGUGUGCCGCUCCAUGAAGCAGCUCGACUACCAGUGGAAGCUGGUGAACCCGUACCACCUGCGGGUGCGGAAGCUGAACACCAUGACGGGCACCUUCUCCAAGAUGAGUCUGCAGCUUUACCAGGUGGACAGCAGGACCUACCUGGUGGACUUCCGCAGCAUCGACGCGGAGGAGUGCGCGGAGACUCGCUCGGGCAAUGCCACCCCACACCGCUGUGGCUCAAUCAGCAGCCAGGGCCAAUCCAGCCUGAAGGGCGAGUCGGACUCGGUGAGCAAGCCUGCGGACGGCCCCGUGCCGGGCGAGCUGCCGCUGCCGCUGCCGCUGCCUUUACCGUUGCCGCCGCCGCUCCUCGAGCCGGCACCAGGACCCGGCAGCCACGUCAUCGAGUUCUUCGAGAUGUGCGCCAACCUGAUCAAGCUGCUGGCCCGGUAGCCAGCGGCCGCCCUCUCCUCCCGCGCCGCGGACCAACACACCAAACGCUUGCAGGCAGCUCGAUCCGCAACCCUCUGCUCCCCUCGUGCCGGGGAGGCUGGAGGGCGGUGGGAACAGGGCAGUGAGCCCCAGUAUUCUCCCUUCCCCACCCGCCCCACUCUCUGUGUCUGUGUCACCCGCGCUGGCUGGCUGGCUGGCUGCUGUCAAAUCCAUUGCUCUGCUCUCAAGCCUUCCAUUCCAGCUAAGGCUGUGUCCGUCCAGUCGGACCCCAGUGUUUGUGACCCCCCCCCCCCCCCCCCGACCACCAAGCUACAUGGGUGCGGCUUCCCCGUGGAGGUGAGCAGCUGGACGGGCAACCUUUUGUGUGGGGACCAGGGGUGGGCUGUGCCUGAGACAUCCUGACCGGUGGGGCAGUGUACAUGCGGUGAUGUUGCCUUACUGUAGCUCCUUGCUCAGCCUCAUAUCUCUGACACGCUUGACACCGCAGUUGUUUGCAUAAACCUGAGGGUUCAAACCAUUAAUUCUAGGAUCCUGGACCCAGACCAUACUCUAGGCUAACGUUCACACCUGGGGACGUAGUUCUGCAGGCAGCACCUUGAUGCAUCCAGACACACACACAGAGUGCUGGAGGAACUCAGCGUGUCUGGCAGCAUCUGUGAAGGCAAAAUAGGCAGGUGACGUUUCGGGUCGGGACCCUUCUUCAGACUGACCAGACGGAGGGUGCUGGUGGUGGUCCAUCACUGCUACUGCACAGGUCCACAGCACCUCAGGGAUGCCCUUGGUCAGGGUAUCCAGGUAUGUUCUGAAUUUGGAGCAAAAAA